AUGACGGGCGGCAUUAUUUGUUUGUCAUUAGACGUGGAAGCUAAAAGCAACGACAUUGUUAUUCAUGAUGCAAAGGAGGAAAACAAACUUGGGUUAGUUGCAUUGAAAAAGCUUGGAAAUCUUGGUGUUCAAAAGAAGUUGCUUGUUUUUGAUUUGAAUGGCUUGCUCAUUCAUCGUGCUCACCGUGGUAACAAGUCUGAAAUCCCUCUAAACAGACAACCCGAUGGGGUUUACAAACAACGCUUAGUUUAUAGGCGGCCUUUUCUUGAAGAGUUUAUGAAAUUCUGCCAUGAAAGAUUUGAAGUAGGAAUAUGGUCUUCUGCUAAAGAUCUUGCUAUUCUUUCUAUCCUUGUCGUACUCGACCAACGUAGCUGUACUGACUCCGGGUUCAAAUCAAUGGAGAAAAAAUACAAGGCUCUUUUUUUCAAAGAGCUCAAGAAACUUUGGCAGACCUCAGCUCCUUCAAAAGGAGGGCUUAUUUAUUCUCAAUCAAACACUUUGCUGAUAGAUGAUGAGCCUUACAAAGGCCUUCUGAAUCCGCCAAACACUGGCAUAUAUCCCAACAAGUAUGAUGCAGGAAAUUUGACUGAUGAUUUUCUUGAUCCGAAGAGGGAAUUGUGUUCUUAUUUAGAAGGCUUAGCACGUGCUGAGGAUGUUCCAUCAUAUGUCAAAGGGUAUCGUUUUGGACAGCCUGCCAUAGGACCCAAACAUCCUGAUUGGAACUACUAUUCCAAUGUUCUAAAUCAUGCAGGAGGUUUUCUGGUGUAACAGGUUAAAUUUGAUGUCAAAGGCAAAAUAUACAAAUC